AUGGCUGACUCUACUGGGCCGCGGGCUUCUGGCCACAAGGCCCGGGCUCCCCGCGCCUCCCGAAAAGCCGCAGGUAGGAACAAGGGCCUCUUCCCAUGUUUGGACCCUGAGAACUGGAUCCGGACCGAGUUCGAGACCGAGGCGCUGGGGGCGCCCCCGAAGGCUGCCCCGGGGGAGGAGGUCUCCGGGAUAGGGAAGGCCAAGAGCUUCCCACCGCCGUCCUCGCGCCUUCUGGGAAAGACAGCUCUGCACGAGUUUCCCCCAGCACUUGACCUACUGGUUUUAUUUUUAAUUGUAGGUACUAAACAGACAAGUGCCUUGAAACAAGAAGAUGCUUCCAAAAGGAAAGCAGAACUAGAAGCAGCUGUGAAAAAGAAGAUUGAAUUUGAAAGAAAAGCUCUGCAUAUUGUUGAGCAGCUUUUAGAAGAGAAUAUUACAGAAGAAUUCCUAAUGGAGUGUGGGAAGUUCAUCACACCUGCUCACUACAGUGAUAUUGUGGAAGAACGUUCUAUUGUCAAAUUCUGUGGUUAUCCUUUAUGUCAGAAGAGGCUGGGAAUUGUACCAAAACAGAAAUAUAAAAUUUCUACCAAAAACAAUAAAGUCUAUGAUAUUACUGAAAGAAAGUCUUUUUGCAGCAACUUUUGUUAUCGAGCAUCCAAGUUUUUUGAAGCACAAAUUCCCAAAACUCCAGUAUGGGUUCGAGAAGAAGAAAGGCAUCCUGAUUUUCAGCUGCUAAAGGAAGGACAAAGUGGCCAUGCUGGAGAAGAAGUACAGUUAUGCAGUAAAGCCAUUAAAACAUCAGAUAUUGACACUCCUGGCCAUUUCAAAAAGCAAUAUGAAUCCAGUUCUUCUAGUACUCAUAGUGAUAGUAGCAGUGAUAAUGAGCAAGACUUUGUUUCCUCCAUUCUACCAGGAAACAGACCAGAUGCACCAGGUAUAAGGCCACAGCUGCACAAAAAAAGCAUAAUGAAAAUGAAAGCUGGUCAAAAAACUGAUUCCAAACACAAAGACAAAGAACAGACAGUAGUAGAUGUCACUGAGCAGUUAGGCAAUUGCAGAUUAGAAAAUCAGGAGAAAGCUGCUGCUUGUGAACUUCCUUUACGGAAAUUAAAAACUCACAUUUCUUCAAAUAGUCCUUUGCAUGAAAGAGUAAAAGCUUCCGAAAAUUCUGAAAAUAAAUACAAUUGGUCAGAAAUAACUCUAGUAGGUAUAAGUAAGAAAAGUGCUGAGCAUUUUAGGAGUAAAUUUGCCAAAUCAAACCAAGUUUCUAGGUCAGCGUCUAGUUCAGUGCAGGUGUGUCCUGAAAUUGCAAAGACAAACUUACUUAAAGUCCUGAAGGGUACUUUGAUUGAAUGGAAGACAGAAGAAACUUUAAGGUUUCUGUAUGGCCAGAAUUAUACUUCUGUGUGUCUGAAACCCUCUUCAGCCUCUCUGGUUAAAGAAGAACUUGACGAAGAUGACAUAAACUCUGACCCAGAUAGUCAUUCCCCUAGCUUGAGGGAAUCUCAGAACAGCUUGGAUGAGUCUUUACCUUUUAGGGACUCAGACACAGCUAUUAAACCAUUGCCAAGUUAUGAGAAAUUGAAAAAAGAAACUGAAACAUUAAAUCUAAGGAUCAGGGAGUUUUAUAGAGGACAAUAUGUUUUGAAUGAAGAAAAUACCAAAUCACAAGACUCGGAAGAGCAUGAACCCACCUUUCCACUGAUAGAUUCAAGUUCCCAGAACCAGAUUAGAAGACGCAUCGUACUUGAAAAAUUGAGUAAAGUAUUGCCUGUACUUUUGGGUCCUCUUCAGAUUACAUUGGGAGAUAUUUCCACACAACUUAAAAAUCUUGUUCGAACUUUCAGAUUAACAAAUAGAAAUAUUAUACACAAUCCUGCAGAGUGGACUUUAAUUGCUAUGGUGUUGCUGUCAUUACUGACCCCGAUUCUUGGCAUUCAGAAGCAUUCUGAGGAAAAUGUGGUAUUUAUACAGUUUAUAGCCACCCUGCUUGAAGAAUUACAUCUAAAGAAUGAAGACCUUGAAAGUUUAACCAUCAUAUUUAGAAGCAACUGUUAACCAGAGUGAUAUAUUUCAUGAAGACAGAAUAAAAGAUGAACUUCCAUUCACCAUUUUUGGAAUUCUAACCACAAUGACGGUCUAGUGGUGACCGAUAACUAGCUUUGUUACAAAAAAGACCUUUACCUCCUUAGAUUUCAACCCCUACCUCCCAGUCCCUAACUGUAGAGGAUAACUUCCCUAGAGGAGAACAAUUACUCCAAUAAGGAUAAUCAAGUCCUUGUAUCCCUAGCUACAAGACAUAGUAUUUUUAUUUGAAAAUGAAAGUUGAAGUCUUAAAUUGAAACUUGGAAUGAAUACUCAAGAAAAUAUAAUGACCUCUGAUUUUUCUGGAUGAUUCCAGCCAUCAUAUCGGUUAACCAAAAAAAAAAAGACAAGAGAGAGAAAAUUACCAUUUUGGCCUCCCAAUCUAAACUCUAGAUUCUGAAGAACAGCAAACAAUUAGGUCAAUAAAUGCAAUCUAAGAUGAA